CUGUGGACUACACGCCUAACACAACCAGAAGUACAGGGCUCGACUUGUGGAAGACAGCGUGUAGCCUAUAUACGAAUCUGGCAAGUCAAACUUUAUCAUAAUGCAAUACCUUUCGGAGAUGUAAAGACCCGCUGAUUGUGAGGAAAGUAUGAUUGUGGGAUUUUAGACAUCGAGAAGUGAUGCGCGCGCGAUUGGGGAAGUCCUCAUUUAAGGAGAAAUGCGCCUGAAGCGCGUGUAAAGUGACCUUUCUGACUUUACCUUCAACAGUUUGUAAGAAACAACUCGGUGAUGACGAACGAGACUAACAGUAAAGGUUUUGACCCGACCAUUCCGGUCAUUAUGUUUAUAUUCGGCGUGGUCGGCAACGUGAUUGCUAUUGUAGUGCUUCGAAAAUCACGGAAAGAGCAAAAGGAGACCACUUUUUACACUCUGGUAUGUGGACUUGCUGUAACCGACCUGUUGGGCACGCUGCUGGCGAGUCCUGUUACCAUUGCCACCUAUGUGAGUGGUGCGUGGCCCGGUGGUGAACUGCUGUGUCAAUAUUCCGGAUUCAUUUUGCUCUUCUUCUCCUUGGCUGGACUUAGUAUUAUUUGUAGCAUGUCCAUUGAGAGGUACCUCGCCAUCAAUCACGCGUAUUUCUACAGCCAUUACGUUGACCAAAAGGUGGCAGGCUUGACGCUCACUGGCAUCUAUGUGUCCAAUGCGCUUUUCUGCGCUCUUCCGAGCAUGGGACUGGGGAGCGUGGUGAAACAGUAUCCAGGAACGUGGUGUUUCAUCGACUGGCGGAGCAACAACAGCACGAACGCUACGUUCUCCUACAUGUAUGCCGGCUUGAGCUCCGUUCUCAUCCUUGCCACCGUUAUCUGUAACGUGCUGGUGUGCUCGGCGCUGUUACGGAUGCACAAGCGCUUCGUGCGCAGGACCUCGCUUGGCACGGAUCAGGGGCGAAUCGCGGAGAUCAGGCGACGGCGGAGUUUCGCCCGUCUGGCUGGUGCAGAGAUUCAGAUGGUCAUCGUUCUUAUAGCCACCUCCAUUGUCGUACUCAUUUGCUCCAUUCCAUUAGUGGUGCAGGUGUUUGUAAACCAGCUGUACCGUUCCCCAGUGGAGAUGGAUAUAGAGCGGAACCCAGACCUCAAGGCUAUCCGAAUUGCCUCUGUAAACCCCAUCCUUGACCCCUGGAUCUACAUCCUGCUUAGGAAGUCGGUUGUGCAGAAGCUUCUAGAAAAGAUCAAGUGCCUCUUCUGCCAUAUCGGUGGGCGAAGUCAUGGGAGGAGCCCUACAGAGUUCCACUGUGGCAAUGGUGUCCUCAGCUCAUCCCUCGUGUCUCGUAAUUUACCGUCAAUGGUGCUGCCUGAGCUGCCAGAGGUGAUCAACACAUCACAGACAUACCUGUAUCCUCUGGAGGGGGGGGCAGGAGAUGGGUUCCUUUAGUCAUUCUGCAUAUAUGCAGAGUGGGACUUGUUCAGCUUUUAAUGAGCGAGCGCUUCUGGUGGCCCUUAGGGGUUAGACCUCAGAAGUGGACUCGGAAGUACAGACUUUCUAAAAACACACAUGCUCACACACUCCAGCACAAAUGAAGUGCAGUGUUCCAAGCACCAGCCCUUACAAGUAACAUUUAAAUGAACUGUGGAUGGUGUCCAAGAAACCCAUGAUUUUUAUUAAAAGCUUGAUUGAACAGAGUAGAAUUUCUGUUGGUGGAAUACAUUUCAAGAGCUUUAUGUGUCUGUUUUCAACUUGUAGCACCAUAACUACUCAGAGCAAAACCUGAAAGGAAAACUCUCUAAGAAAAAAAAAAGUAUAGAUAUUUAAGAGAAAUGCACCACUCAAAGCACUAAACUACAAUUUAUGUAACAAAAAUUGAUGGAUCGUCAAACUCUAAAAUUCAAGCAUGUGAAAGCAAAUGUUAAGUCUUCUGAAAGAUGUUUAAUAGAAAGGCACAUUGGCUUAAUUUUCUGGAUAUAACUCAAUAGAGGCAUUUAAAAAGAAAUGUCUGUAGUUGAGUAACAGGAUAUGCUAGAAAUGCAUAUUUUAGACAGUGAGGAGUUUGACAAAGCUCUGAUAAAUGAGUCUCUUCUGAAUGAAAAACUGCAGAAAAGGCUAUUUUACCUAGAUAAGAGAAAUUUCAGAAUUUGACCCAGGGGGAGGGGAGGCGAUUUUCCCCUCCCCUGUAAUUCCAAACUCAUUCGAUUAGUUUUGAUUUAUGAACUUGAUCAAAUAUUUCAGCUUUAAGUUGCCUUUUGCAGACAUUCGGAUGAGAUCUUGAUUAGGUGACAAGUUCAACUAGCCAGAGUGCCUUGUUAGUUUUUCUCAUACUGAAACUCCUGCAGAUUGCCGUUUAAAAUGUUUCCAUUUCCUUACGUUAAGGUUAGCAGAACACCAUGCAAACACUGAUGCAUAAACAACAGUCCGCUAUUUUAAACUUUUACUUAUGUAAAAGAGUAAAAUAUAGCUAGACAUGACUGAACAUUCUUUCGGACUCCCAUAAUAUGUUCAAUAUUCUGUGAAUUUACCAAUAAAUUUCAUAUCCAUAUGUUAAAUGACAAUACCAUUUUCACAAGAUACUUUAGCACUGAAACACAACACAAUGUAAGAGCACAUACACAACAAAUCAAAGCAUAUCAUUUUCAUAUCAGAGUUUUUUUGUUUCUUUCAAAAUAUAUACAGAUGAAAGAAUGUAUACCAAGGAGGUGAAAGCUACUGAGAUGUAGAAUGUCUUUUAUGAGGUCAAACAUGUUGCACUUUUAAUCCUAGUAACCACUGAAAAAUCAACUUCUAACUUUCAAAAUUGAUCACCAUGGCCCGUCUCAUUCAGUGGUUACCAAGGAAGAGCUGAGUUAAUCUGUACAUAUUUGUGAUGCUAAAAUGUGAAUGCUGUCUCAUUGUAAUGAUUUAAUUUAUUGUAGCAUUUUUAGACAAUCUAUGGACUGUAGUUAUUUCUUCUCUGUGAGAAGGCCAAGUUUGACAUACAUCUACCCAUGUCAAAGCAAUUAUAUGAUACGUUUUGGUUUCAUUUAACAUUUUAUGUGUAUCAAAAACAAUACAAGAUGUGAUUCAAACUGUACUUAUGGUAAAGUACCAUUAUUUGUUGCAUGUAUAUAAAUGAUUCAACAUUAAGAUGCAUAUUUUCCCCUUUUUAUUUUUGCAGACACAAUGCAACACAUGCAUUUAAACCUUGUCAUACCUAUUACCCUUGAUGUGAUCGGACACUUCAAAAUGUGCAACUGCUAUAAUGCAGAAAUAGAUUGUGGCAUUGAGUUGUCAAAGAGAUAACCGAAAGCAGAAAUCCAAUGGUAUCUGCUUUCUCAUUAACAAUAAAGCAUAAUAAAGCAGUCAUUCAACCAUUAUGAAUGCAGUGGUACUAAACAAGACAUUCUCCUCUUGUAUUGACAAUCAAAGGCAAAUGAUUUAACAUUAACUUUAUGUAGCCUGUGAGUUGAUAAUUCAAUUAUUGAUCCAUUUUUGCAUUACUGUUUUAAAACAUUCAAUUGUCUGCAAAAGUCACUUUACCUUAUGUGAGUUUUUUAAAUUAUUAUUAUUAUCAUCAUUAAGACAAUUACACUUGUUAAAGAAAUGAGACUUGCUUUUGCCAUUUUGCCCUUUAUCCACAUAUAAAUAUUAUAUUUAAACAAAAGAGCCCAGGUUUUCUGAAUCACCAGAGUGCUUCUCUAUUCACAUAAAAUAUCAUUUUCAAGCCCACAGAGGAUGUGAUACAAAAACUCAGGACUGGUAAUUAUUAGACAUAUCAGAUUAUCAGAUUUUUAAAAGGACAAAGGAUUGGUCAGAUAAGGUCAUGUUACAGCACUUGUAUUGUUCUGAGGAUAAAGACAGCUAAUAGAUCAAGUUGAAUAUACAUCAUUAAAAAUACAAACUCUGGAAUUUAUUUUGCUCUGUGAUAGAAACUACAUAAAUUCAAAGAUUCACUGAGGCAUCAUUACAUGAAGCAAGGCAUACCAGAGCAGAUGAUCCUUACAUGAUGACCAAUGUGCAGGGGCAGAUCUGGAGACAUUCAUCGACUAUAUACAUUUCAUAAUUCCAUUGGGCCAUGAGGGUAAAUCAGUUCAACUUUCCAAUGCAAGUAUUCAUGCUUGUAUCAACCAUGAAUCAUUCAUUUAUACACUUGCUAUGACGUACAGUCCACACUGCCAACUGCCCUGGUGCCUUAAUACGUGUAGAAAAAUUGGAAAAUGACAAAUGCAAUCUUUCACUUCGUAGACCUACAUCUGACCUAAUAUGCUUCAGUGCCUGGCAUCCACCCCCUAAAUCAUCAUUAGCAAAGACAUCAACAUCCUCAUUUAUGUAAAUAAAGAAACAAUUAGAAAAUAAUUUGCGGGAGACAGAAGGAUGCUGGUAGCUUCCGCCAGGUCCCACAGGUGCCGAUUAAAACCAUUAGAGACUUAACUGGCAGCCCAUGCACACAACUGGAUAUCAUCAACGCAGAUGUGAAUGCCUAUGAAACAAAUAGUGUCAUUGCUAGCAACUGCCAAUUAUGAACCAUACAUAUUGGGAAUGCUGAUACAAUCAGGGACUAAUAACAUAACAGAAUAACAGUUCAAGGAACAUAAACGAAAACCAAAAACGUUUUUUUUUUUUUUUGCAGAACAUCACCGAAAAUGAAAACAAAGUCCCUUUUAAUUGCUCCAGAGUGAAAACUUAUUUUUAAAUGCUGGUAACUUGUUAAUAACCAGUUAAUCUCAUGAAACUAAAGGGUUUAUCACACCACUACUUCCUGUUGCCCGAAAAAAUUUGGCUUUUCUUGAAGCAGAAUAUAAGUAUGUACUUUGAUCCUGUAGGAAACUGCUGCAUCACACAUUUCUUUGCCUAAAUGCACACUAUUGAUGUAGCCUUCUGUGACUGAAGACCUUUUAAACAACUAUACAUAUUAUAAAAAACAAUUAUGUUCAAUUUACAGUAAAAUACAGACAGCAGUGGUUGCCACAAAUUUACCCUACAAAACACAGUGACCUCGUUUCAGUCUUUACGGGAUGUAAUUUUGAUAGCUGUAUAUUUAACGGUUUACUACAGUUUAUAUUAAAUUAUAUAAACGUGAUUUACUAACCUGGAACUAUAAAAGUUUGCUUUGCACUUUAAAAUGUACUGUUGAUCGCUAUAGUAACUACAAAAGGCCACAUGAUUCCUUAAAGUUCAACAAGAAUAGCUCUUGAAGGAGCAAUGAUUAAUACACAUUUACAGACAGCAAACAGUGUUACUUAGACAAACACAAUCAGGGUAACACAUGUGACACAAGAAUAGUGCAAUAAACAUGAAUUAAACUACACAAAAUAUAACACAGAACAUCUCAAUGUGCAUAACUUAUAUUAACAUAACUAUUCCCAUUAAAUACAAUUACAUUUGAUGAGUCAUGCAGAGACUUCUGGGAACACUUUACUGUAGCAUUUUUACAUUCUUUUACAAUUAAAAUAAUACAAAUUACCUUUUUUUAUUACAUGUAUUUACUGCAUAUACAUGCACGUUUAAUCCAGAUACAAGGAUACAAAAAUAUUAAAGGUAGGAAUUAACUUUCUCAGUUGCUUCCAAGUAUUCGAUGGAUUAUUGUUAGAUAUGAUGCAUUAAAACUGAUCUGAUGCGGCGGGUUUUGAAUAAGAAGCAGGUCAAUAAAAUUAAACAAUCCAUAUAUUACAUUGUUUUUAUUUAGGCCCUACUUUGUGAUAAUGUUUAGCUCCAGAAGAACAUGGUCAGUGUAUGUGCUUUCCGUGAGUAACCUAAGGUUGAAAACAAUGAAAAUAAUUGGCCCACAUAAGGUGAAAUUUAGUCCAAACAUGCCUGCGCAUUAUUUGUGUGCAUGUGGGAGAGAGAGAUUUAGGCUAUUUAUUGAUUUUAGAGGACUAGAUGCAUAUAUCCCCAAAAAUAUUUCAGAUAAUUAAUAUUACUAUGUUAAUAAUAAAAAAAAUGAUUCCGCUUUCUCCCAAUUUAGAAUGCCCAAUUCCCACUUCUUAGUAGGUCCUCGUGGUGGUGCGGUUACUCACCUCAAUCCGGGUGGCUGAGGACAAGUCGCCUCUGCUUCUGAGACCGUAAAUCCACACAUCUUAACACGUGGCUCGCUGUGCAUGACACCGUGGAGACUCCCAGCACUGGAGGCUCAUGCUACUCUCCGCUAUCCACACACAACUUACCAUGUGGCCCAUUGAGAGCGAGAAUCCCUAAUCACAACCACAAGGAGGUUACCCCAUGUGACUCUAACCUCCGCAAGCCAAUUUGGUUGCUUAGGACAUCAGGCUGGGGUCACUCAGUACACCCUGGAUUCGAACUCACGACUCCAGGGGUUAGUCAGCGUCAAUACUCACUGAGCUACCCUGGCUCCCCUAAUAUUACUGUUAUAUUACAUUUAUUAAAAAGACACCAUUUUAUAUAGUCUACUGUAUACUAUGCUUUCUAUCCUGAUCAAAUCGCCCACAUGGGAAAAAAAUGUAAUUGCUAAUUUUGGGUGAGGCAAGUCACUUAUUUUGGGCUUUAGCGAGGUUGGGCAACGCUGUGUCUGAUAUACAGUACCACCCACCCUUUGCACAAAGUACUGUCAUUUUAAAAAGAACAUAAUCAUUCUUUUAGUUCAUUCUAACCAGUUUUCAGUUGAAAAGGAGGCUGAGGAAUGCUGAACAAAAAAAAACUAAGAGGGCACAGAACUACAGCUUACUGGAUGUUUUUUGUUUUUGGCACCAUUCUAAGUAAACACUAGAGAUUGUUUUGCGUGAAAAUCCCAGGAGUUCAGCAGAUACAUAAAUACUCAAACCAGCCAACAACCAUGUCGCAGCCGAAAUCACUGAGAUCAAAUUAUUUCCUCAUUCUGAUGGUUGUUGUGAACAUUAACUGAAGCUCCUGACCUGUAUCUGCAUGAUUUUUUGCAUUGCACUGCUGCCACACGAUUGGCUGAGAUAACAAUAGAAAAACACGAAUGGACGCACAAACAGUUUCGGUGUGAACAGCUCCUACCUUGACAUGCUGUCUAAAAACUUUUGCAGAAAACAAU